AUGGCGCCCGAACCCGCUUCCGCCAUGGCUGGCCAGGCUCGUAUGCGUGUCGAAGAAACUGAACAAGAGCACAUUACCAGAGAGAACUCGGGUUUUGCCGCAUUUGAAGCAGAUAUGCCUAAACUCGCCAAUCGAUUCAGCUUUUCCCUCAAGGACAACCUUUCCUCCUACCUUGGUCGCAAGAAUCCUUUCUUCACCAACGUAAACCCGGAUACCGACUAUGUAUGGAUUCUGGAUACGACUGCCUACCAGAAUCGCUUAGGAAGGUGGAAGGCGGAACUUGUUGCUGCCUACUUUGUCAAGAAUAGCGGCAAGGACAUCUCCCAGCUCGUUGCAUGGGUCAGCGAGAAAAUCGGCCUCGCAGACGACGAACAGGCUAGAGCAACAGUCGCCCAGAGGCUCCAGCCCUUUGCGGACGCAAUUCUUCCAGCGCACGCUGUUGAAAUUGACCUCAAUGGUCUCAAAACCAGAUUAGGACCCAGCGGCCGCGACGGCAUCAGCUCAGACGAGUUGGCCAUUCCCGGAACCGAUUACAAGGACGGCCAGGUCAACAAGUUCCAGGCCGUCAAUGCUGAGGCGACGUCAUUCAAUAUUACCUUCGCAAAACCCAAGGGAUGGGCCGUCCUUUCCGAUAUCGACGAUACAAUCAAGAAGACCCUGACAUCGUCACCUGUCGGUAUCUUGACCACCACCUUCGCAGAGCAGCCAGAGCCGAUCAAGGGCAUGCCGGAGUUGUAUAGGCAUAUGGCGCAAAAGCUCGACAAUCCGCCCUUCUGGUAUCUGUCCGCAUCCCCAUACAACCUCUACCCGUUCUUGCGCAACUUCCGCGAGCAAUACUACCCCAACGGUACCAUGAUCUUACGCGACGCUAGCUGGAUGAACUUGGCUGGCUUCCUCGCAAACUUGACGCAAGGUACCCAAGCUUACAAGGUUGACCGCAUUGAAAAGGUCCAUGGCUGGUUUCCCAAGCGGAAGUUCAUCCUUAUCGGUGACUCGACCCAAACAGACCCUGAAUCGUAUGGCGAAGCGUACCGCAAGUUUGGCAAGAGCUGGAUCGGUGCUAUCUACAUUCGUAAGGUAACGGGCGUUGCGGAAAUGGACGAAGGCAAAAAGAAUUGCCCAGAAAGAUUCGAGAAGGCCUUCAAGGGUGUUCCUAAGCAGGUCUGGUACGUCUUUGAGGAAGCACAGGAACUGUACGCCAAGAUUGAUGCUUUGCCCAAGAUCGAGUAA